GCUCUAGGUUUGCCAGAUACAGCGGCGGCAGCGGCGGCCGCUGUGUGAACGUGCACGGCCGUAUCUGCCGCAAAAACCGCAUCCGAUGUGGGGCAGCUUUUAGGCGCGCAGUCCUCGUGUCGUAGAUCGCCGAUCCCGCGUCCUGAAAUUUCAUGUUGAUCAGUUCUAAAACCUGUGUAUCGUUUUUACUUUAAAUACUCCGUAGUUUUAUUGUUUUGUUAAUAUGAGCGAAGAAGAGGAAGUGCUUACCGAGAGUGAGGAGGAGGACGGCGAUUUCUCGGCCAGUGAAGACGAAUGGUUACCGACGAAGAAGCCGGGAAAAAAGGGUGGCAAAAAACGCGGUACUGCAGGCAGUUCCGACGAGGAGGAGGACGACGAUGACUCCGUUACCGAGGACGAGAGUGAUCUGGAGGACUUUGAAGAGAGUCCAAAGAAGAAAGGGAAGCAGCAGCAGGCUACUGCGUCCCGUAAAAGACCGGCCACUGGUUCCGCAGCCCGACAAACGGCGUCCGGGGCGGGCAAAAAGAAACGGCUGUCGCCCGGACUGCGAGACCGGCUGUAUCAACAGUACAAGAAAGAUUUACUGAAGGAAAUGUGCCCGGCUAAGCCUCCGCUAAACAGUAGCGUUUCUGACAUUUUGCAAAAAUGUCAGUUCAACCGAAAAACAACGGCAAAUGCCAAAGCGCAGAAUAAGCAGGAGGAUGAUGAGGACGAUUCCGGUAGCAGUAGUGGCGACGAUCAUCUGGUAGACCCGGAAAAGCUGGAUCUUGGAUCGACGUUUUUCAAUAAGAAAGAAUCAACUGAAACAGCAAACAACGACCUUGCAGAGCCUGGAACAUCGAAGCCGCUGGCAGUACCACAUUUCGACGUGAACGCUGGCAUGCGACUAUCCGACAGUUCUGACGGUGAGGAUGAUGCCGGUACGGGCAAACUGCCAGCCUCGAUACCGAAGCAAGCCGUGGAAGAGUUGAUCAGUCACAUCAACCAGCGGUCCGGUGAUUUCAUGAAUUUUAACAAUCUCGAUCAAUUUACGGCGAAGGUGGAGGAAGCAAAGCGAUUGCUGCGAAGCUACCAGCAGCGACAAGAACCGGAGAAACGAUCGACGACGAAUAAUCCCUCGCAAUCGUCUUCAGAGCAGCAACGGCAGCAGGAACAUAAGGAGAGCAUUUCCUGUCUAUUGGCCCUGGGUGAAGCAACGGAUGGUGGUGGUCUGCCAGGUCAAACUAACGUACCGGCCGAUGCUAGCUCUGAUUCGGAUUGGGAAGAGGUGGAAAAUGGUGGAGAUACCAGUGAGCAGAAAACCGAAGAGAAUUCGACCGUGGCGGAGAACAAGGAUGGUACAUUACAGGUUACUAUUGAGCUUGACAAUGCACAGAGCCGCAGAAAACGUAGAGAGGAAAUCGAGAUGGAGCUGUACAUCAAACGCAAAAUCAAUAAGGUGAAGCGAAUGAAUCGAUUAAACUAUCACAAGAGUAGUGUGCUCGUUGCCAUUGCUAUCGGUCGGCGGUUGAACCAUACCGUCGAUAGUGAUCGCGUGCAGGGUCUGUUGUUAUCUAUCAUGCAGGACAAAGCACUAUCAUCAAAGGGAAAGUGGGAUGAAAAGAGGUUGCAAAAGUUGUAUGAUUGGUUCCGGGCGGAAUUCACACUAACGUCGCACGAACUGCUAGGACCCAGGACGGGUUGCAGCGUGAGUUCCAUGUUGGCUCUAGCACUGUUCACACGUAAGGUGCAGUGUUGCCGCAACUAUAUAUUGUUAUUUUUAGCAUGUCUACGAUCCGCUGGAGCCCAGGUUCGCUUGGUUCUGUCUGCAAAUGUGCCUUCAAAGCGGCCUCCAAUGAGUGAGCUCUGUCCCAUGUCCGAGCGUGAGAUCAAAGAAAAUCUUGAGAAAAAGGAAGCGAAACAUUCCCCUAAACCGAAAAUAGUACAACUAAAAUCAAACAAACAAUUUACCUCACACAAUCUAGCGAAAGCUGAUCAUGACCAUAACGUACCUGAAACGGCAGAAAUUGUCAAACCACUAAUGGAUGAACCGUCUAAUAAAGCGAGAAAGGAAAACGCUGUCGCUCCAAGACGUUCACCUCGAGGCAGUAAGAUAAUACUCGAAAAAGACCCAGUUCCAUCGAAAACAUCAUCCCGAAAGGUGUUAAUGACGCUUAACAUACCACAGCUGGACGGUGGAGAUGAUGCCAUUCCCGGUAUAGACGAGAUCAAGUCCCUUAGACGCUCUCAUCGCUCGAAAUCGGCCGCCACAGCAGAGCCAAAAUCGUUGACAUCGCCUGGGACUUCUCCAUUUGCGAAGCGAAAGUCCAAUACACCAAAAACAGCCUCAGGUGCGAAAGUAAUAAAUGGCUCAGAAGUGACCGGUAACCCGGCGGAGACACGUAAACGUAAGCUGUUCUCGUCCGAUAAAGAUUCUAUUAAACUAGCUACAGGGCCAAAGGCAACACAGAGGAAUACUCGAUCCAACAAAUUGCAACCAAGUCAGACUGUGUCCAAGAUUACGAUGAUAGAUACAGAGGAGGCUAUUGUAAAGCGGAAAGCCAUUACAAAGCGUCGUAAAUCACCAAAAGGUGGUGAUGGUGUUGCAGAAGUGAUCGAUUCGAAGGUAGAAAGUAAGGCAUCAAAACCCGAAAAAGAAGUGCCUAACUCAACCAUCCUUGAUCAAAAAAUUCCUGUUGUUAUGGUGGAGAAAAUGGUUCUCAACAAAUCGAUUGAUCGGAAAGUCCUUUCUUCGUCCUCCGAAAGCGAUGCAGAGUUCACCGGACAAAAGCUGAACGGUUCAAUUAGAGAACAAUCUCGAAAAAAGACGAAAAAGCCUAAACCCGCCUAUGACGAUACGGAUAGUGACUUUGAGAUGCCGAAAGGUGCAGCAUCGAAUCGUAAACCGAAGAAGAGCCCAAAGCAAGCAGCAGCACCAGCCAAAACCAAGAAAUCACCCAAUCCACGGCGAAGCAAAACGGGGAACCAAUCGGACGCUAACAAUGGUAAGAUCGAUCUUUGGAUUGAGUUUUACUGUGAAAAGGCUCAACGGUGGAUUACCUUCGAUGUCAUGAGCGGCAGAGUUGACUGUAAGGAUUACAUUGUGCGGAUCGCACCGAAUCCAAUUUCGUAUGUGUUUGCGUGGGACAACGAUGGUUACCUGAAGGAUGUGACAGCGCGAUAUGUUCAGAACUGGAACACUGCCUGCCGAAUGCUGCGCGUAGAGCAGCCCUGGCUUGACCGUGCAUUGGCACCCUUUUUGGGUCCAAAAACAGAGCGUGAUGUAGCGGAAGACAAUGAGCUGAACAAGUUGGAUGCGGACAAACCGUUGCCGAAGACUAUUGGUGAACUAAAGAAUCAUCCCCUAUACGCUCUACGACGUCAUCUACUCAAAUUUGAAGCUCUGUACCCGGCAGAACCGCAGCCACUAGGCUUUAUUCGCACGGAGGCUAUCUAUCCGCGUGAAUGUGUACACACACUGCAAACCCGCGAAAAGUGGUACAAACAGGGGCGCGUCGUGCGAGCCUUCGAAACGGCUUACAAGGUGGUCAAAUGUUGGAAAUACGAUAGACCGAACAACAACUGGCUCAAAGAUCAGCCGUGCGACCUAUUCGGCCACUGGCAAACGGAUGAAUACGAUCCACCGACUGCCGAGAAUGGUGUUGUGCCUCGAAACGAGUACGGUAAUGUGGAGCUUUUUACGGAAAAAAUGCUACCCAAGGGAACGGUCCAUUUGAAGUUACCGGGAUUGAAUCGGGUUUGCAAACGACUGCAGAUCGACUGCGCACCAGCUUUGACGGGUUUCGAUAUGGCCAAGAUGCGCGUUGUUCCCGUAUACGAAGGGUUCGUUGUUUGCGAGGAGUUUGCUGAGAAAGCGGUCGAAGAGUGGUACAAGGAGAUGGAAGAAGAGGAGCGUCGCGAGCAAGAGAAGCUAGAGAAACGGGUAUACGGUAACUGGAAACGGUUGAUCAAGGGACUUCUGGUGCGCCGGAAGUUACAGAACAAGUACAAUUUCGAUAACUUAACAUAGAGAGGGUACGGCUAU